UCAAAAACUGUUGAUAUUUCAAUGCUGUAUCCAUGGUGAGUUAACAACACCAUUCAACUGUUUGUGGUUGAAUUAACGUUUUUUCUUAAACUGACGUUAUUUCAACAACAUUUAAACGUUUAAUGUCAGUCAAAUGCCAGCUGGUUAGUUGCUCAGAUUGACACACUACUGUUUAAGACUUUAGCUCAAGACACUGUGCAGCAAACUCCUUAAACACCAUGGAACUGACAGCAAAAAAACACUCAAUUCCUUUGAGUGAUGGAAACAGCAUACCUUUGAUUGGACUGGGAACCUAUGGGGAUCCUCAACAGACUCCCAAAGGAACUUCUUACGAAGCUGUCAAACUGGCCAUUGAGGUAGGAUACAGACACAUUGAUGGAGCCUUGAUCUAUUGCAAUGAACACGAGGUUGGACAAGCAAUCCGAGAAAAAAUUGCAGAUGGGACAGUAACAAGAGAGGAUAUCUUCUACUGUGGAAAGUUGUGGAACACAUUCCACCCCCCUGAGUUAGUUCGACCUGCUUUGGAGAAAACCCUGCAGAUGUUACAGCUGGAUUAUGUGGACCUCUAUAUUAUAGAACUGCCCACCGCUUUCAAGCCAGGAGAUACGUUUUACCCACAAGAUGAGAACGGGAAGUACAUUUACCACGAGACAGACCUCUGUGCUACAUGGGAGGCUUUGGAAGUUUGCAAGGAUGCUGGGCUGGUGAAGUCUCUCGGAGUAUCCAACUUCAACAAGCGCCAGCUGGAGCUGAUCCUUAACAAACCUGGGCUGAAGCAUAAACCAGUGUCAAACCAGGUUGAAUGCCACCCGUAUUUCACGCAGCCAAAGUUGCUUGAAUACUGCCGGGAGAAGGACAUUGUCAUCGUUGGUUAUAGCCCUCUAGGGACAUCUAGGGAUGCAACGUGGGUAAACCUAAAAUGUGCCCCAUUGUUAGUAGAUGAGCUUCUUGCCUCAAUUGCCAAAAAGUACAAAAAGACCACAGCCCAGGUGUGCCUGAGGUUCAACGUGCAGAGAGGAGUGGUGGUCAUCCCGAAGAGCUUCAACGCUGACCGCAUUAAGGAGAACUUUGAUAUUUUCGACUUCUCUCUGUCGGAGGACGAGAUGAAGGCAAUCGAGGGGCUGAACAAGAAUAUUCGCUUUGUGGAGCUCCUCAUGUGGGCUGAUCAUCCAGAGUAUCCAUUUCAUGACGACUACUGACAUCCCAAAUAUCAAGACAUUUAUUCAUAGCUGGCUCAUUGUCUUGUUGACUAAACUGAACUUGGAAAGAC